UCUGUUUUUCUCUAUUUAUUAUCUUUACAUUGUUUAUCUCAAUGGGAUCAACAGCGGCGGGGGCUCUCCUCCUUCUCAUCCUAGCCGUAGUCCCUGCGGCCUAUGCCGUGACUUUUCAGGUCGGCGAUAUUGGUUUCUGGAACAGUGGUGUCGAUUACACGGCUUGGGUUACUGGAAAGACUUUCCGGGUCGGCGACACUCUAGAGUUCCAAUAUGGUCCUUCACACUCGGUAGCCGUGGUGAAUAAAGCUGGCUUCGAUGCCUGCGACAGUACCGGAGCAACGCAGACUUUCUCCGGUGGAGACACUAAGAUCGAUCUUACAACAGUUGGAACUAUGCACUUCAUGUGCCCUACUCCUGGUCACUGCCAAGGUGGCAUGAAACUCGCCGUUACCGUCCUUGGCGCUGUUCCACCUCCAGCCACCCCGUCACCACCUCCUUCCCCAAAAUCUCCACCGCCUUCCCCUCGAACUCCACCGUCUUCCACUCCUUCACCAAAAUCUCCACCGUCGUCCACUCCUCCCAAGCUUGCACCUCACUCUCCGCGUAAACCUAAAACUCCACCUCCAUCUGCUUCUCCACCGGCCAAUGGCACACCGAAGUCAGAGUCACCAUCCUCUCCGUCUCCAACGACCCCGUCACCGUCUCCAAUGACGUCCCCCUCACCGUCUCCAUCUCCACCAAUUAACGCAUCGUCUAAGGGAGUCAUGAUGAGCUAUGGAAUGAUGGGGCUCACCAUGUUAUUGAUGUACGGUGUCAUGAUCUAAGUUACAGAGUGGAGACAAAGCUCUGUUUGCUGCUCAAUAAUUUUUUUGGUCUUGGGUCUUUGGAACCACUACUACACUUUAUCACCUGCUUUAAGUGUAAUAAAUCAUUUCUUUCAACAAUUUUUUCCUUCUUGUUAUUUUCAUUUUGGAACUGAUCAUCGUCAGGCCAUUAUAUAUCUUGUUCUAUAUGGUUAACUGAGUAAAUCACAAAAUCAUAUCCCAUUUUGAUUUACUAUGAUGUUAUGUUCAAUAGCUGAUACAUUUAGCCCCAAAAAAAUAUUAUAACCAAAUGAUAUUUAUUAGCCCAAAAA